AUGAAACCAGAUGGGGUCCUUUUCAGCAAUGGCCCUGGAGACCCAUCUGCUGUUCCUUAUGCUGUUGAAACAGUUAAGGAGAUCAUUGGAAAGGUUCCUGCUUUUGGAAUCUGCAUGGGUCAUCAGUUGCUUGGCUUGGCAUUAGGUGGUAAAACUUUUAAAAUGAAGUUUGGCCACCAUGGAGGAAAUCAUCCAGUCCGUAAUCUUUGUAGCGGACAUGUUGAGAUAAGCGCUCAGAAUCACAAUUAUGCAGUUGACUCUUCAUCACUUCCAGAGGGUGUAGAAGUAACUCAUGUCAAUCUUAACGAUGGAAGCUGUGCUGGUCUUGCCUAUCCUGCACAAAACAUCAUGUCUAUUCAGUACCACCCUGAAGCAUCUCCAGGACCCCAUGAUUCGGACUAUGGUAUGUGA